AUGAACUUGGGCAAACCCAAUUCCCCAAAUGCUCCCUCACCACCACAACUCAACCUCCACCAAGCCCUCAAUUCCCUCCAAUCCCAUUGCUCCGGUCUCCUCCACAACCUCUCCUCCCAUCUCCCUCUCUUCACCAACCCUUCUUCUCUCCAAACCCACCUCCAGUCAGCUCUCUCCAACCUCCAAUCCCAAGCUAAAACCGCAUUCCACGCCGGCUUUUCGGGCUUUGAUUCCUCCCAUCAGAGCCCGGCUUGGGCUCGAAUAGCUGUGAACAACAAAACCCAGCUGCCAAAUGAGGGGCCCAGAGCUGCCAUGUCGACGGAGGCCAUCGAGGAGAGGCUGGCUGGCGUGCCGGUCUAUGCUCUUAGCAAUGCGGCUGAGGAGUUCGUGCUGGUUUCGGGUGCUUCGAGUGGGAAGAGUCUUGGGUUGUUUUGUUUUAAGAAGGAAGACGCUGAGUCACUUCUUGAGCAUAUUAGAGUUAUGGACCCCGGAAUGCGAAGCGGGUCCAAAGUGGUGGCUGUGGCCUUGAAUAAGGUUUUCCAGCUCAAGGUUGAUGGGGUGGCCUUUCGGUUGAUUCCUGAGUCUUCUCAAGUCAAGAAUGCGCUUAAGGAGAAGGAGAAAGCUGGAUCUUCUGAAGAUGGCUUUUUUGGGGUGCCAGUUUUCCAGUCUAGGAGCUUGAUUCUAAGAAGCCAAAGCAAGAGCUAUCGUCCAGUAUUUUUCAGGAAGGAGGAUUUAGAAAACUCACUAUCAAGAGCUUCUCGGGAUCAGAAACAAUUGAAUCCUUUACUUAGACCAGGGGAUAUUCAGGUUGCUGUUCUUGAGGAUGUAAUAAAGGGGAUGAAGGAGGGUUCCACACCGGUCUGGGAUGAUGUUGUUUUCAUCCCUCCUGGAUUUGAUAUCUCUACUGAUCCCACCAAGCAACAGGCAGAUGCUGCAAAAUAGCAGGGAGUCUCCUCUUUGGCAAGAACAUGAUCAUUCCAAUACAAACUACAACCUGUUUGUUUAUAAUAUUGGCAUUAGCUGUUAGUGCAAAGACUUGCUGUAAUGGGAUUUGAGUUCCAAGCUUGUAGCUAUAAUUACUCAAUCGACCUUUAGUGUACUUGCCUGCUUGGCUUUCAAGUAAUUUGAAAUAGGUUGAUUGUCCAGGAUACCUCAUUGCAAGAUGAUUUUAUUAAUUUGCCCCUUUUUC